AUGCCUUUUGGACGAAUUUGUAUUUCGCCUUCGCCCGCACCCAGUGUGCCCAGAAGAGCCGGUACUCCCGUAAACUCGAGAGGUACUUGCACUCCUGAUUCCUGGGAGGAGGCAUGCGCUCCUGCACAGGAUAAUUCCGACAACAGUCGUGCCUCGUCACCAAGGCUACCUGUUGUAAAGAAGGAUUGGAUAUCUUGUGUCGCAAAGCUAGAGGCUGACUUAGCCAGAGCGACAGCCGAUUUGGAAAUCGCUAGGCGUGAGAUUGAGGAACUGAGUGCGGGGCGCCCACCACCGUGUUUAAAGUGUGCCGAACUUCAGAAAAGUUACGAGGAGUGCCAAGAGGUUCUCGAACUGAACGAGGAUCUGCAUAACGUUAGGCGUCCAUUCUUGUACAACGAAGAGCUUGUACGUCAACCUCAAACACUACUGGAGGAGGCGAUCUAUGGGGAAGAGAUCGUAUUAUCUUCUUUGAUUAGGGAAGAGGUGCAAGAGACCUGGUUGAAAAUUUAA